AUGUCGGAUAAACAGAAGAUUCAAGCACUCAGUUUUAUCACAAAUGAUCCAGCUAUUCCAUUAAGCUACCGUACAUGGCAAUUAUAUGAAUAUCCACUACUUCCGAAAACAACGAAACAUGUUUGGCCUAUCAAAACUUCGACGCAAUUGGAGAAGCCACGAUAUUCGGUUCUAGGAUUUCAAACUGCAAAAAAAAAUAUUGUGACGAAAAAUUCCAGUCACUUUGAUCAUUGUAAUAUCCGAGAUGUAAAAAUUUUCCUUAAUUCUCAAAGUUAUCCAUAUGGAAAUUUGAAUCUAAACAUUAAUCGCAAUCAGUAUGCUUUAUUGUAUGAUAUGUAUACUAAUUUUCAAACGUUAUACUAUAAUAAAGAGCCGGAACCAUUGUUAACUAAAGCAGGAUUUUUGGAAGAAGGACCACUCUACAUUAUUGAUUGUUCAAAACAAAAUGAGUCAAUCAAAUCUGGACCAGUUGACAUUCGUGUUGAAUUUGAAUCAAAUGAUCAGUUUCCCGAUCAGACGUCAGCAUACUGCUUAAUUAUGCAUGAUCGUAUUAUUGAAUAUAAUCCAUUAAGUAGUACUGUAAGAAAAUUAACUUAA